AUGACGCGCGAAUUCGGUCGUAUGCAGGACUUCUACCUGCAGCUACAUGACGUACCUCAGCCACUACACUACCCCUUCGACGUGCAUGGAUCGGUGGCGGGUGCGUCGGCGGGGUACGAGGUGACAGCGGGUGCGGUGGCGGGCGCGGCGUCUGAGGUGGGUUCGGUCGCGGCCCGCGAGACGGGCCUCUUGCCGCAAACUGCGCACACGAUGCCGCUCGAGCAGCGAAAGAGGAAGAGCCCGCUCUUUACCGAUGCUUAUGAGAUGUCAGGGUGUGACUUGCCCCGCUCCUCCUCAUCCACUGCGUCCUCGCAGUUGCUCCAGCCCGCCAGCGCCACGCGCAGAAGAAAACCAUCAUCUUAUUCCGUAACCUCCGGGCCUCUAACAUACGAAGACGAUGGUACUGACGAUUCUCGAUCGGUCCGAACCCUGCCGGAUAAGAGACAGAACCACAGUGAAAUAGAGAAGCGGCGCCGUGACAAAAUGAACACGUACAUAUCGGAGCUGAGCGCGAUGGUGCCGAUGUGUGGGGCGAUGGCUCGGAAGCUGGACAAGUUGACCGUGCUGCGAAUGGCAGUGCAGCAUCUGCGGUCGGUGCGCGGGGCCAUGUCAGCAGGACCGUUGACUGUUCGGCCGAGGCCCGCCUUUCUAUCCGAGCGUGAGUUGAACGCUCUAGUCCUUCGCGCCGCAGACGAUUGUUUCAUCAUGGUGGUGGGAUGCGACCGAGGGCGGCUGUUGUACCUAUCAGCCAGCGUCACCACUUUGCUUCAUUAUGAUCAGUCUGAGUUACUUGGACAGAGUCUUUUUGACAUCCUCCAUCCCAAAGACGUGUCCAAAGUGAAGGAACAGCUUUCCUCAUCAGACCUCAGCCCUCGAGAGAGACUCAUCGAUGCUAAGACGAUGCUUCCAGUGAAAGCGGACGUGGCUCACGGUGCCUCGAGGCUCUGCCCUGGCGCUCGACGAUCAUUCUCUUGCCGCAUCAAAUCUCGCAUAUCCCCCGACCGCAAGAUUCCCGAAGAUGAGCACAAGCCUCGCAAGAAGACUGGCGACAAGAAGUACUGUGUCGUGCAGUGUACCGGCUACUUGAAAUCUUGGGCCCCAGCCGAAAUGUGUGAGCCGGGCGGCUCAACAGAAUGCGUGGGCGAAGACGAAGCCUGCAACCUGUCAUGCCUCGUGGCGGUGGGCCGAGCUGUUCCGGAGUUGCUUUAUCCUCCUCAGCCGCCUUCAGCACCGUCGACUUCCACGGACCGAGCCCCGCAUCCGCCCCUGAGGCAGCUUCAGUUCAUUUCGAGGCACGCGCCCGACGGGAAGUUUUUGUUCGUCGAUCAGAGAGUGACACUGGCGCUGGGUUUCCUUCCUCAAGAACUAUUAGGCAGCAGCCUGUACGAGUACGUGAGUCCUGGCGAACUCGGCAUAGUGGCGCGAGCGCACAAGGCCGCGUUGCUGCGCCGAUCUUCUGCACGAUCGGCUGUCUACUCCUUCCGUCGAAAAGAUGGCCUCUACGCAAGCCUCAUCACCCAUUUCAAGCCUUUUCGCAAUCCAUGGACCAAAGACGUUGAGAAUCUGGUGGCCAACAACACUGUUCUGGCGAUUGAUGUCCAGCCGUCUGGAAAUGCCGGGUUUGAUGACCAGGUAUACAAAAACUCUGCGCAGGACAGCAUGCCUCCUCGAUUAGAAGGCGAGGAGGCGGAUGUGGAAAUGCAGCGUUUGAUCGACUCGCAACUGGAGUGCCACAAAGUAGGCUCUACUAUCGCGGAAGAGGCUUUGCGCAGACCAUCGAAUGACUUUUCACCUGAAUUGCCGGCUGAUUUGCUGCAGGAUGCCCUCUUCAAUCAGCAGCCGUCGCUGGUGGACAACAUUCUCUGCGGCGACGCGGGCGAGGCCAGCGAGACGGUUUGCGCAGCCGUCCGCAACAACGUCCCACUCAGCGUAGCGGGAGCUCGGGCUUCACCCCCGGUCGAGCUGUGCCCCACGCCGCCGCCGCUGUCACCGCCGACGGUCGACGGAAAUGGGGAAGCCGCCAUGGCGGUAAUUAUGAGCCUCUUGGAAGCGGAUGCCGGUCUCGGCGGACCGGUCAAUUUCUCUGGCCUACCUUGGCCACUGCCCUAA